GACUUUGUCACAACGUGUCCACACCGCGGAACCAGCGCUGUUGCCAGUGUUGGCACUUUUUUUGUUGAUUUUUGUCAUCAUAAUUGAAGAACAAGAUUUCUUGAAAUGGCUGAUUAUUCCAGAGAUUGCCCUGAGAUUGUCACUCAGGUUCCAAGCGCACAAAAAGAAAGGUACAAAUCCUUGCGAAACUUGUUCAUUGAGAGAUUUGGGUCCGAGCCAGCUUUUUUCACAAGGGCACCAGGACGAGUCAAUCUCAUUGGUGAACAUAUCGACUACUGUGGUUAUUCUGUGUUGCCAAUGGCUAUUCAACAAGACAUCCUUAUUGCUGCUGGGCCAAAUUCAGAUCAGAUGCUAGUCUUCAAAAAUACAAACCCAGAAUACAGGGAUUUCACCUCAAACAUCGGUGACUUUAAGAUUGAUCCCACCAACCCCCUAUGGCACAACUACAUUCUGUGUGGAUUCCGAGGCAUUGUGGAGGCGGAAUGUGUAUCCGUACCUUCUGGUAUGAACCUUCUGGUGGAUGGAACUAUACCUCCUAGUGCUGGCUUGUCUAGUUCCAGUGCCUUGGUUUGCUGUGGUAGUCUUGUCACAAUGCACAUCAAUGGGUUAGAAAUACCUAAGAGGAAGUUGGCAGAUAUCUGUAUGAGAUGCGAGCAUUAUAUCGGCACUCAGGGAGGUGGUAUGGACCAAUCUAUCUGCUUCCUGGCAGAAACUGGGACUGCCAAGUGGAUACAGUUUAAUCCCAUCAGAGCAACCAAUGUUUCACUGCCUCCUGGUGUAGCUUUUGUUAUCUCCAAUAGUUGUGUUGAAUUACAGAAAGCUGCAACAUCUCACUUCAAUAUCAGAGUAGUGGAGUGUCGCCUAGCAACCCAGGUUUUAGCCAAGUCUAAAGGUCUAGACUGGAAGCAAUUCAAGGUGCUUGCGAAGCUACAAGAAGCUCUAGCAGUCUCCUUAGAAGAAAUGCUGGAUAAUGUGGAGAAUGUACUUCAUCCUGAGCCCUACAGUAAGAAGGAGAUUUGUGAGAUCUUGGGAGUAUCAGAAGAGGAGUUAAACAAGGAGAGCCUAAGUCAGAACACACUGGAAGUAACCUCAUUCAAGUUGCAUGAUCGUGCCAAGCAUGUAUUUGGAGAAGCUAACCGAGUUAUGAAGUUCAAGGAGAUUUGUGACCAAGCACCAAGUGAUGCUGCCAUCCAGUUAGGAGAACUCAUGAGUGACAGUCAUACAAGCUGUAGAGACUUGUAUCAAUGUAGCUGUGAACCUCUGGAUCAACUCGUAGAACUCUGCAGACUUUCCGGAUCACUGGGCUCACGUCUUACAGGAGCUGGUUGGGGUGGAUGUGCAGUUUCCAUGGUACCAUCAGAGAUUGUUGAUGACUUCAUCAGCAAGGUGCAAGCUGGGUAUUAUGCAGCUAAUCCUAAGCUACAGUGUCGAGUCAAGGAGAGCCUGUUUGCGACAGAGCCAGGCAACGGAGCCAACAUAUUUGAAAUGACUGCAGAAACCUCACUCUGAAAUCAAAACAGAGUUCUUCACAAUAUGUCACAACUCAUUUCUGUUUAUCAAAAAGGUACAAAUUUCCAGAUUUGGGAAAGUAAAUGUUUUUUCAAAGUCCUGAUGAGAAGGACUUAAAUAAGAUUGAUUUAACAUUCCUAACAAUUUGGCAUAUAAUUGUUUUUGCAUCAAACAGAUACAAAUGUUAUAUUUACUGCAAAUGCAGUACCAUCAAAAACUUUGUGAACUUUUUGCGCUGGGACGAGAGUAGCGUACACUAUGCUUAUAAAAAAUUGAUGAUGGAAAUAUAUACAUGAAAGUUUAAACAUACUUCCAUUUUUACUUUUUGCUGACCCAUUUUCCCCAUUUAUAUGCUUGCCAAUUUCAUGUUUAGUGCUUGUAUAAAACACAAACAGUAUUCUAUUUCAAGCAUUUAUUUCAUGAAGAAUAAGAAGAAUGCACUCAUCACUACUUAGAGACUUGUUCAUGUACAUCAGUUACAACAGUACCAAGAAUGCGAGUUUCACUGACUUUCAUGAGAAAGAUGCCCAAGUUUUUUCUUUGAUUUCAACCAAAUUGAGAAUGCAAAUGCAUGUAUAUUUAAACCAACUUUAGUUCACUGCUGAAAAUAAUGUGCAAUGCUUUAUUUUCAGCGUUAACCACUUGCUGCCGGGUGCUUUCAAAAAUGCAGUGCACACAUA